AUGAACAGCGACAACAAUGCCGUCAACACCAUGCACCCAACCACCAGCAACAUGAGCGACCUCGGCCCCUCCAAGACGCUCGACACGCUCGACCAGGCGGUCCGCGACGCCAACGACCUCGCCGCCCUCGGGCACGCGCAGUCGCUCUCGCGCAAGUUCUCCAUCUGGUCGAUGCUCGCCCUCGCCUUCUGCGUCCUCGGCACCUGGUCCACCAUGGCACAGGGCCUCACCAACGGCCUCACCAACGGCGGGCCCGUCGCCAUCCUCUGGGGCCUCUGCCUCGUCACCUUUUGCAACACCUGCGUCGCCGUCUCCCUCGGCGAGCUGUGCAGCAGCAUGCCCACCGCCCUCGGCCAGGCCUACUGGAUCUCACAGCUGUGGAACACGCCCACCGGCCGCUUCGCCAGCUACAUGUGCGCCUGGAUCAACACGUUUGGCUGGUGGACCCUGACGGCGAGUCAGAUCGCCUUCAUGACGGACUUUCUGCUCGCCAUGAAGGUCAUGUUUGACGAGGACUGGGAGGGCGCCAGCAAGGGCUGGCUGCAGUUCAUCGUCUACAUCGCCAUGACGGCCGUCUUCACGCUCUUCAACCACCUCGCCUGCCGCAAGGACGCCAUCCUGCCCGUCUUCAACAAGUUCGUCGGCGUGUGGUUCGUCGCGCUGUUCUUUGCCUUUGGCCUGGCCCUGCCCAUCAGCGUCGGCACCAAGUCGGAGCUGUCCUUCCAGAAGGCGAGCUUCGUGUUUGGCAAGUGGCUCAACCAGACGGGCUGGUCCGACGGCGUCACCUGGUUCCUGGGUCUCGUGCAGGGCGCGUACGGCCUCACGGCGUUCGACUCGGUCAUCCACAUGGUCGAGGAGAUUCCCGCGCCGCGCCGCAACGCCCCGCGCACCAUGUACCUGGCCGUGCUGUUUGGCGCGCUGUCUGGCUUCCUGUUCAUGAUUGUGUGCCUGUUUUGCAUCCAGGACAUUGACAAGCUCAUGGACUCGCCCACGGGCAUCCCCUUUAUUGAGAUCACGCAGUCCACCGUCGGCUUGACGGGCGCGGGCGUCCUCAUCGGGCUCUUUGUCUUCAACGGCAUCGGCCAGGGCAUCAGCGUCUUGACGUCGUCGUCGCGUCUGACCUGGAGUUUUGCCCGUGACGGCGGCAUCCCCUUUGGCGCCUACUUUGCGCACGUCGACCCCGUGUGGAAGGUGCCCGGGCGCGCGCUCUGGCUGCAGGCCGGCAUCAUCGCGCUCGUCGGCGUGCUGUACCUGUUUGCCAACACGGUGCUGCAGGCGAUUCUCAGCGUCAGCACCAUCGCCCUGACGGUGUCGUACGCCAUGCCCAUCCUGACGCUGGCGCUCGUCGGCCGCGACAAGCUGCCCCGCGGCGAGUUCUCCCUGGGCAGCUUCGGCCCGACGGUCAACUGGAUCUCCAUCGUCUACUGCGUCAUCACCACCAUCUUCUUCUUCUUCCCCACGACCCCGAGCCCCGCCGCCAGCGACAUGAACUACGCCAUUGCCGUCUUUGGCGUCAUGAUGGUCGUCUCCAUCGGCUUCUGGUUCAUCCAGGGCCGCAAGACCUUUAUGGAGAUUAACGAGAUGGCCGAGCACAUUCUCUACGCGCAGAAUGCCGAGGGCGAGGUGUCGACUGAGGGUGACACUGUCGUGGUGCCCCCCCAGGGCGCCGACAAGAAGAUGGCCCCUUGA